AUCGUUAACGAACGACCCAUCACUAUUCUGUAGAUCCUUAUUUUGAUAGUGAUAGUGAUUUUUUGGAUGUCUUCCUGGUAAGCGUCACGGGAAUUUUGGAAAGUGUGCGUAGUUCUGUCAGAUAUCGCCGGAUUUUCUUUAUAUAAUCAUGAUAAACAAACUACCUUCUCUUAUGUAUUGUAUUUUUUAGGAUUGGUCUGGUGCACUGAUUUAUUUGUUUUGAUUCUGAACAAUGUUGCAAGUGUGAAGAGUGGUUAAUUUUUCCGUAAUGACCAGGAAGUUAAGUCAAAUGAUCGAACAUGUUAGUUUUUUAUUAUUAUUUAGAAUUCGUGCAAAGAAUACAGAUUGAACUGUGUGUGUAACAUCUAACAUUUUUAACCAUGGUUACGGAUGAUCGUUCAAAAAGUAAACAGACAAGUACCAUUUUGGGUGCUGGAAGUUCCAAAAGAGUUUUCAAAAUUAUUGUUGUCGGAGAUUCCAAUGUUGGAAAAACGUGUUUAACAUAUAGAUUUUGUGAAGGAAAGUUCCUUCAGAAAUCAGAAGCUACAAUCGGUGUUGAUUUUAGAGAACGGACAGUGGAUGUGAAUGGAGAAGAAAUUAAGUUGCAGCUGUGGGAUACUGCUGGCCAGGAGCGCUUCAGAAAGUCAAUGGUCCAACACUAUUACAGGAAUGUGCAUGCUGUAGUGAUUGUGUAUGACGUCACAAAGAUGGCUUCUUUCCAGUCCUUGCCCCAGUGGAUAGAAGAGUGUAACAGAAAUAACCUAACAAGCGACAUUCCUCGCAUCUUGGUCGGCAAUAAGUGCGACAGUGCUGCGACCCAAGUUGUGAACACUCACUCGGCUCAGCAGUUCGCCGAUAUUCAUCACAUGCCAUUGUUUGAAACAUCAGCCUUAGAUGAAUCGGAGUGUGACCAUGUGGAUGCUAUUUUCAUGACCUUGGCACACAAACUGAAGAACCGUCGGCCCAUGAUGUCUCCGCCAACAGCCAGCAAUGCUUUGCACAGGGCGGAAAUUAUCUCUGUGGAGAGGGAAACCAGGACAGAUCCUGCAGAACAGUGCUGGUGCUAAACUUGAGUCCUCAGAUAAUGUUUUUAACUGGGUGGCUUCUUAUAUCAAGUGUUACCUUUUGUGGUUUUUUUCCGUGAAAAACUGCUACUGCUGGGGUGGAUGUAGAAACAUACAUUGUCUAUUGGCAAUGAACUUCUUCAAGUUAUGGAAAGAUGUAAAAUGAAAAAAAAAAGAAUUUUGCCGGUUUAACUGAAGAUAGGUUUUCAUAGUUCUUUUUGGAUGAUUAUUUUACUAACGUUUGUUUUCAGAUGGUUUUUACUGAUGUGGGAACAGUAUGUAAUAGCGUUACACACAAUUACAAGAUACAAUUAGUCAAUCGUAAAGAAAGUACAAUUAAUGCAUGUGACUAUAGUGUAUAAUUUUACAAUAACUGAAACAGUGGUUUUUAAAAUCGCAGAAUUUUUCUUUCUGUGUCUUGUUAUUUUAUCUUGCUGCUUUCACACAAAACCUUAAACAACUUCAGGUACAUGUGUACAUCUACAUCUGUGCAUGGUUGGCUGUAUUCAAUUCAAAAAUGUUAUCAGUUCUCAAACUAAUUAUUUGUAAAAAUGUGUUGAAUAACAAAUUUUCUCACUUUGAUUGCUAUCAUACAAAGUAUUGUUUUAUUAUAAAAAAUGUUAUUGAAUAAAAUACUAAUUGUUUGUUUUCGUUAAA